CGAGGGGUGUGCGCCUGCGCCGGGGGGCGCGGCGGAGAGGAAGCCCCGCCCCCGGCGGCGGCAGGCGGCGCUGCGGUUGGCCUGCGGCGCUGCCGCUCAGAACGGGGUCGGGGGUCAGAGUGCGCGGAGUUUCAGAUGCCUCUGGAUGUUCAAUGAUAGCACUCCUCCAUACUGGAGCAGCAAAGUUUCCCCAAAACUUACUUUCAAGGGCAAGACAAGCUGUGUACUCCCUCCUCCCAGCUGGUGUUCUCAAAGAGUACAGCUCCAUCAUAAGCAGGAAACUGGCGUCCCACGGCUUUGGAGCUUGCAUGGCAGCAAUGUCAUCCUUCCCUCCACAGAGAUAUCACUACUUCCUAGUGCUGGAUUUUGAGGCUACAUGUGAUAAACCACAGAUUCAUCCUCAGGAAAUCAUCGAAUUCCCAAUCCUGAAGCUGAAUGGCAGGACGAUGGAGAUCGAAUCCACCUUUCACAUGUAUGUUCAGCCUGUGGUGCAUCCCCAGCUUACGCCCUUCUGUACAGAGCUGACUGGGAUUAUUCAAGGCAUGGUGGAUGGGCAGCCAAGCCUCCAGCAAGUGCUUGAGAGGGUUGACGAGUGGAUGGCGAAGGAAGGCCUCUUAGAUCCCAGCGUCAAGUCAAUUUUUGUGACCUGUGGAGACUGGGAUUUGAAAGUGAUGUUACCAGGACAAUGCCAGUACUUAGGGCUGCCAGUUGCUGAUUACUUCAAACAGUGGAUUAAUCUGAAAAAGGCUUACAGCUUUGCCAUGGGGAGUUGGCCAAAGAAUGGGCUCUUAGACAUGAACAAAGGACUGAACCUACAGCACAUAGGGAGGCCUCACAGCGGGAUAGAUGACUGUAAGAACAUCGCCAACAUCAUGAAGACACUGGCCCAUAGAGGCUUCAUCUUCAAGCAGACCUCCAAACCCUUUUGAUCCCCAAGGCAAGCCAGGCAAGGGCUGCAUGCGCCCGGCGCCGGCGAGGCGGGGAGGACGGGCUCCAGCAUUAAAAACAAAACGGCAACCGAGGCCAGAGGAACCGACACAAAAAAUCUCAAUUUCAGCUGUUAACUCCAGUAGAGGUUGUAUAUAUGGGAAGGCAAAUCUGUGUAGACCUGAUGUGACUCCCUCUCUGGGCUGCUCCGGACAUUAUGCCAUGCUAGCGGACAGCCGCGUAGGGCGCUUGCACCACAUUUUAGACUCGUAGUUCUUUUUCUUUGGCUCCCAAUUUCCGUCCCUCCCUCCAUAUCCCACCCCAUCCUCCCUCUCCCGCCCCGUAGCCAGAGCAUCCCCCCCCCCUCCAUCUCCUCCCUCCCCGGCAUGGGCCGUCCCCACCUUCCCUUCUUCUUUCUUUUCUCUGGUUUUAUGUUUCCAGGCCUCGAUGGCUGCUGCAGCGAUGCCUGCGCCCGGGCAGCGCUCACGGAGGCUCAGCAGUGUCGAGACGGCCCCUCGCCCUCCCUGCCAGCCCCCCCGCCUCUCCCCCGAGCGCCUCUCCCCCCUUUUUGAGUCAACACUAACCCCUCUCUGACUCCUGUAUGUGACAAACGCGAUCCGUCUCUUUAUGUUCAAGGUGAAGUGCCUGUAUUCUCCGCUGCAGAGCCCCUUGGCAGCCCCACCGUGGGCUGCGGGGCCCCGGAGGGCUCCCUUCAGUGGGGCAGGGGCCCAGCGGGCGGGCGGCAAGAGGGAGGUGACAGCAUCCAUGCGGAGCCCCGUCCCCGUCCCGCCUGCUGGUGCCUCUUGCAGGGCUGAGUGGGAUGCCCGAGCCCUGCCCCGGCCCCGCCGACCGAUCCCAGCUCCACCGGGGACGGGCCCGCCACAGCACCGCGUCGGUCGCCGGCGGUGGACGUGCCAGCGAGCGCUGGCCCCCGGCCCACAGGUACCCGAGCAGGGGAGCUGCAAAUUGCCCCGUGCCCCCGGUCUCGCUCCCCUCCGACCCCAUCCGGCCUCCCUCCGACCCCGAGCUGCGGCUCGGCCCCCCCCCACCCCCGUCCCCGCGGACGCUCAGCAGCAGCUGGCUUGUUGCCUGAGAGUUGCCGAGCACAUCCCCUCCGGCUGGGUGGGCUCCCGGCCGGCCAGGGCGGUUGGGGGGCAGCCAUGGGGCAGGCUGAGGGCACAUGUGUCGUGUCCCGUCCCGUCCCCCCCCAAAAAGUGUCACCUAUCACCCAGCCCCAGGGCCCUGCUGAAUGGAGCCCUCGUCCGGGUGCUGACCUAGCAGGGAGGCUGCAGCCCCGGGCCCGUGCGUGCAUGGCCUGGAGCGAAGCCGGUGACGGCAGCCAGAAGGGCAAUACAGGCACUGAACUUGGCGGUACAUGACUGCAUGGUGUGUGGUGUUCCAGUUAAACCAACCGAUAAUGCAAACCCAGCAUUUUCAUUGUCUAGUUAUUCCAAUCCUUGCUGUAAAUGUGCCACAUGAAUAAAGUUUGGGGGUAAAGGA